CUCUGCAGUAGCUAACUAGCUAGCUAGCUGUGAAUAAAGUGGCCUGCUGAUCAUUUCUGUUAACCAGUGAGCUAGAGUGCUUACUUCAGCAGCAUUAAGGUAAUCGAGAUGUAUAGUGAAGGAUGAUAUUCCAGAGCGCAUGUCUGAGGUUUUCCAAACAAGUCCGUUUCCUGCAGGGUCUGAAGAAGGUAACGUUAGGAUGUCGAAUGAUCUUGCUGGUGUGUGGGAGGUGGCACUGAGCGAUGGAGUCCACAGGAUAGAGUUUGAACACGGCACGACCACCGGGAAAAGGGUCAUCUACGUUGAUGGAAAGGAGAUACUGAGACGGGACUGGAUGUUCAAACUUGUGGGGAAGGAGGCGUUCAGUGUGGGCAAAUCAGAGACCAAAGCAACCAUCAACAUUGAUGCAGUCAGCGGGUUUGCCUAUGAGUACACCUUGGAGAUCAACGGGAAGAGCUUGAAGAAGUACAUGGAGAACCGAUCAAAGGUCACCAGCACCUGGGUUCUCAACUUGGACGGCACUGACUGCAGGGUGGUCCUGGAGAAAGACACCAUGGAUGUUUGGUGUAAUGGACAAAACAUUGAGACUGCAGGGGAGUUUGUGGACGACGGCACAGAAACGCAUUUCACACUCGGAGACCACAACUGCUGCGUGAAGGCCGUGAGCAGCGGGAAGAGACGAGACGGGAUCAUUCACACGCUGCUCGUGGAUGGCACAGAGAUAGCUGAAUGCACAGAGUGACCGCAUGUGUGUUUACAUUUGUAUGAAAGCAGAGACGCGGUUCAUACGUGUGACUUGGUAUCUAUGUGAAAUAGAGGCAGAGUGUAGAGUAGAGUUGGGGACCAAUUGGCAGAAAUACGCGCUCCUGUGUUUUGGUGGCCAUGCUGUGCAGGGUAUAUUAGCCAUGUAUUGGUCCUGUAAGGGUUGUUCUGUAAUUAAUAUAUUAUAGUAAGGGUUGAAGACAGGACCUGCAGUCUGGGCAGUUUUACAAAAGAUGUUGCAGCUAUACCUUUCAGCCUCAAAAAGGGAUUUAGCAUCUCAAAAUGCAAGUUCACACUGAAAACACUUUUUUGAGUUGUAAACUGGUACUGUACAUUGAUAUAAAUGCUAUCCAUUUCAGUAAUAUGAUCAGCGUUAGAGGCCAGACGUGCCAUAUUUAUUUGACUCAGCCUAGCUCGGUUUGCCCUGUGGCUGUUGACAUUUUGCAGCUGGCGUUCACUUAGGGGAUAGUGGAUAGGCCUGAGAUUGUCUUGAUUCAGAGACGUUCUGCACCGGUUGUCAUUUCGGAGAAAACAAGCCACUUUACAGAUAAGCAGCAAACUCCAGACUCCACCUGUUCUCCCUGCUCUUCAUGCUCGCUUUCUUGUAUUUUUCAAUAUUGCGCAGUAGGAGAAUUAGCAGGCCACGAGAUUAUUCCUUCCAUUCUCAGAAGUAGUCAUUGUGUAGUACUACGUUGAUGUGUUGGUCUUUCUGUGAUUGGUCCAGCCAGUUGAUAUUACAGUAAUAUGUAAUUAGCUUUUGGCAGACUGCUGAAGAUGUGUCAAACGUUCUAGGGUACAUUGUAUACAACUGAAACGCUGAAGUUUCAUAGACAAUCAUUAGGAAGUGACAUUGUUGCCAGUAAUAAAUCAUAUAGACAGCUGAAGCAAAUCACUGAUAUCCAGACAAAUUUUGGAGACUGUGUUAUUGUCAGAGAUGUGUGGAAUCCUGUUGUGCUGUCAAAUUAUUAGUCUUUUUUUUUUUGAUGUUGUGGUGACACAGAAUGUAAGCUUUUUUUAUAAAGUCAUGUUCAGAAAUUAAAGAUUGAAAAGGUU